UUUGCUGAAGCAAAUGGCGUCACCUACAACAUACCCUGCCUCAACUCCUCGGAUCUAUGGAUCGUGCGUGUUGUAUGACACGUCAGAAGGCAUCACGGAGGGCAACCUCACGUUCCAAUAUCAGCUCUCCUUUGAACAUCACAAGCACUCGUUCUUUGCUGCCACGUUGUCUUUGCCGGAGCGUUCUCAGAUUCCGGUGCUCGUGAAGCUGGUGAACGAACCCUACGGAGAAGAUGUCCACCGUCUGUUGGCGUCCAACAAUCUCGCACCUACCCUUUACGGCUGUGCACGUCGUGAAGGAGCGCCCACCGCGUAUGUUAUGGAGCGUCUUUCUUCUUCCUGGGUGACACUGUUCAAAUUCUCCCACCACGAAUUCGCUGGCUCGUUUGGAGACGCCAUCCGGUGCUCCUUGGACUGUCUACUCAAGCUUUUGGAGGGUAACAGCGUUGUGCAUGGUGACCUAAGGUCAAAUAAUAUCAUGUUACAAGUCGACGGCCAUGGCAAGCCAGUUGUCCUGUUGAAUGGUUCGGCGAAGAUCAACGUGAUCGAUUAUGACUGGUCGGGGACUGCUGGGUGGGUGCGCUAUCCCGCGCUGCGCAAUCCGACGAUCAAAGACAUCACCUGGCCCGGUGAGCCUGGUGGUAUCAUAGAGCCUGGGCAUGAUCGCAAGCUGGUUGACUCGUGGUGGCAUCAUUGGCUGGGACGUGGCUCGAAUUGAUCCUGGAAAUGUCUUCUCCCGUGCAGUCGUCAGUGACUGCGUCCCUGGACGGAACGUUUACAGCAUAGCCUUUCCUUUUACCAAUCCGUUCUCAACGCAUGCGAUUGACACUCGCCCCUCGGCUCGGGUUGAUGCCGCAUCAUAGAGUCAAAUCGUCCCUCGGAGCUGCGCAGCGAAGUCUGCGCCUGUGAUAUAUGUGAGCCUUCCUGAGACUUGUCUGCAUGCAUCUGCACUGCUAUACAAAGCAUUCAUGCAUCUGGAGGCACGUGAAGA